CUUCACGUUCCUCCCUCUCACACACUCCACUCCUCGCUUUUCCAGCCACCAUAAACAAGAACAACUCGGUAAAAGUUCCCUCAAUGUACACUCCAAGCACGAAAAAGACCUCCCAGUCCCCAGUUUGCGGCAACCAUUGCGGAGGGACAAUGGCAUUCAACCCAGGCGCCUUGCUCGGCAGUCUCAUCGUUUCCUUGAGCAGCUGGCUAAUCGUCGGGGUCUUUGCUUAUAUAAGAACACCUUCGUCGGGUACACAUAUGGAUUUCAACGGGUUCUUGACCAUCUCUUUCAUGCAGAUUCCCAACUUCUAUGCGCUCAUAGGUGUCAUUCACCAAUGCAGCUGCCACCCUAACCUUCCGUUCAACCACACGGCCGCUGGAAUUGCCUCCAUAUUAGGGUGCUUCACGACGAUUGCGUUCUGUAUCGCCACAAGCGAGUGGAGGACUACUUCGCAGCAUAAAUUCCUGAUUAUGGGGAGCGUGUACGUGUCUUGGGGCCUGGAGUGGUACUUCAAGCCGUUGGCGGCCUGUCUAAGAUGGUUGGAACAAAGUACAUAUCCAAGACAGCGGCUAGAUGUUGCAUCGUCUCGUUGACAACGUCUGGUCUUGCAGAUCAACAACGCCCUGAGCCUUGAUUAAGCCUCCCGGC